AUGUCACGUAUAAAAUACCAGCCAGUAUUUAAAAUAACUUCUUGUUGAACGCAAUACAAAUAAUAGGUAUUCUACAGUAACAUAGCUUGUGUUCUGUUGUCAUGGAUACCGUUGUUCUACAGAGAGCAGAUACAAUUUAUAUUACUGGAAUUUUAGGGACUUUGGUUUCUUAAUAUUUAAAGCGUAAUUGAAGUAAAUUUUACUUUUUUUUUGUUUGUUUUAAUUUGUUUAUCGGAUAAUAUGACCAAAGGAGGAAAAAGAUAUGCAAAUAUGGAUCAAGAUGGCAAAUGGUUUGCCCAUGUUGGUUGGCAGCAGUGUGAUGUAACACGAGAAGCCUGUACCACCACAGGAGCCAUGCUAUCAGAGGCCACACCACAACAAAUGCAAGGACAAGAGAAAUAUCCCAAAACUUUUAACAAUCAAGAAAAGAAAACAAGAGGCAGGAGCUAUCCAUUUUCAGAGCAUGACAACCGAGCCGCAUUGCAAGACAAUAUAGCUACAUACGGCCCUGCUUUUGGUCGUAAGAAGUGUCUGGAUGACCGCCGGCAGCAUGACUCUCACUUCUGCCUUUGUCAUGAUACCGGUGUGAGUGAAGCAUGGUUGGAGAGCAAAAAUCUUUCAUCUUAUCAGACUGACUUCCUGGCCAGGCAGCAGAAAGAGAUCACAGAAAGCACAGAGCACAAACGCCGUUUUCCCAGGAACCCUCUGGAGAAGUCACAUCAGGCUGCUGUGGCCCAGGCUGAGGAGAGCUACAUGUGGUUUGGAAGGGAUGAUAUAAAACAGAGAAUACCUCUUAAUGUACUGGCAGCUGCUAACCUCUCCUCAGCCUUGUAACUGACAUAAACCAGGCACAGAAGAGCACAUUAAAGCUUCCAUGUGUAUUA